AUGGCGAGCGUCAAGAUAGCCUCUCUAGCCAUCCGCACGCUAGCAAAGCCCAUCUCGGCCAAGCUCAAGUCACAAGCACAAGAACAUCCUCGCUUUCGAGCCGUAUGCAUCGAUAUCGCCCAGUUCAUGCACCGCACCGAGUUCAAAAUGCGUACCAACCUCCUCGGGGAGCCCGUCACCAAGAUCCGACCGCUGAACGAUGCAAAGGCUAUCUCACAAGGCGCCAACUUCCUAUCAGAGUCCUUCCUCUUCAGCGUUGCCCUGGCUUUGAUCGUGGGCGAGAAUGUGAGAGGUCGCGUCAAGACGGCGAGGCGGAAGGACGAAGUAGACGACAAACUGGACGCGAUACACGAAGAGAUGCGCACGCUCAAGGAAGCGAUAGAGAAACAGCAAGCACGCUUGGCAGAAGCGCUGGAUGAAGAAAAGGCGCGUGUACUCGACUUUGGUCAGGUGCUGGAGACGAUUGUCGACUCUGGCGUUCGUGGCGAGUGGCUAGAACGCAUCAUAGCUGGCGACGGACCUACACGGUCUGCUCUCGAGCGAUUGCGCAACGAGACCAAGCCGAUGACGAAGUCGGAGAACGAGAGCUGA